AGAAAUCAUGAUGACCAUUCGGGACUCGGGAGUACUCGGAGCGCCAUAACGUCGACGUGGAUCGUACUUCGGAACCUCCCCGCGCACCCUACGCCGACUCGUCACUAUACCAGUUUACACGGCCUGUCGAAGCGUCUGCGAGGCUUGCUUGGUGAGACGCGGCGUUAUGGGUGGUUGGGCGUAGCACCGAUGGAACUCCAGCGUCACUAGGUUGGAAGCAGCAUAGGCAAGGUGCACUACGCUUGAGUGCAUUCAAACCGAGGGACCUAAUGACGACAGAGAGAAUAGUAUAAGAAGUCGGAAGACCGAGUCAAACCUUCACUCACCUCAACCUCAAUUUCUAUCGUGUAAACCUAAGCUAGUAUAUCAAUAAUGUCGACCAUUGCGACGGGAUCGGAGAGCACCCUGGAUUGGCUCACAGAGUUCUACGCAGCGUCAGACACGCGCGACGCGUCUCUCUGGGUGGACGCUUUCUUCACAGACGAUGCGGCGAUCGACUUCGGGAAUCAUCCCACCGUACGAGGCAAAGAAAACAUUCGACCUUGGGUGGGCGAACAGUUCCCAUACAUAUCACUGAUCAAACACGAAAUCCUUGAAUUCCACGAGGCAAACAACAGCAUAUAUCACAGCCUGAGGAUCUCCUAUCGCGUCAAGGACGAUCCGGAGGACCAAGUGAUCCCUAUUCGUGCGUUCGCGAUCGCUCAUAGACGACUGGUCGAUUCAGGAUUGGUAGUGACCGAGCCACUUCAAGGUGGCGAGAAACCUUGUGGGGGACUGAGAGUUGACAAGUUCGAGGUGUGGCUAGAUAAGAGUCCAGUAGCGGAAAGGAUCUCGUGGGUGUCGAAGAUGUUGGGGAAACAAACUUGACGUGAAUAUGAGAACUGUAGAAAUAUUGGUCAGGAUGUGCAUAGCAGUAACGUAGAAUGGACGCUCUCUGGCUCACCUAUGCAAGCCCAUAAGAUUGUUCGCUGUAAGACUGCACAUAAGACC